AUGCGGCGCGUCCCGCGAGCGCCGUUUCCGCCUGAAAUCCCUCGUGAGCUAUACUCGAAAAGUCUCAUCGACGAGAAAAUACCAACCACGACGAUCAAAAGGACGAAGACGACGAUAACAGCGUCCAACAGAAGUACGAUGUCCGCCAAGAAAAACACCACAAAGGUUUCCGAGAUCGACGCUCACGUCAGCAAUCAGUACGACAUCAUUCGACGUCUCGGCAAAGGGGCAUACGGCAUAGUAUGGAAGGCGAUAGAAAAGAAAACGAAGGAAACGGUGGCAGUGAAGAAGAUCUUCGAUGCAUUUAGAAAUCAAACAGACGCACAGCGUACUUUCCGUGAAAUAAUGUUUCUGCUAUCGUUUUCCAAUCACGAGAACAUCGUACGACUGAUCGGCCUACACAAGGCGGACAACGAUCGGGACAUUUAUCUCGUAUUCGAGUACAUGGAAACCGAUCUCCACAACGUCAUUAAGAAGGGCAACAUCCUCAAGGACAUCCAUAAGGUCUUCAUCAUGUAUCAAUUGUUCAAGGCUAUCAAGUAUAUACACUCCGGUAACGUCAUUCACAGAGACUUGAAGCCAUCGAACGUCUUGCUGAACGCUCAAUGCCAUUGCAAGAUAGCUGACUUUGGUCUAGCGCGAUCCGUCACACAUAUCGGUGAAGGUGAUGGUGAAACCGGAAGCGACCCAACUCUGACCGAUUACGUCGCUACGAGAUGGUACCGUGCACCGGAAAUACUGAUCGCCUCGAAAAGGUACACGAAAGGCAUCGACAUGUGGUCCCUAGGUUGUAUUCUCGGUGAGAUGUUGCUCGGCAAGCCUCUAUUUCCUGGUUCAUCGACGAUAAAUCAAGUCGAGAGAAUAAUGGCUACACUUCCAGCACCAACGGAAGAAGAUUUGAUUUCGGUUAGUGCUGGUUAUGGUACUAAUUUGCUGGAAAAAAGUCCAGUUGGUCCAAAACGUUCCUUGAAGGAUUUAUUACCUGAUGCAUCGAAAGAAGCUUUAGAUCUCAUUUGUCAUCUGAUAGUGUUCAAUCCGACGCAUCGAUUGACGGCAGUCGAAGCUCUGGAACACAUCUAUGUAGUUAGUUUUCACAGAAGAGGAAACGAACCUUCAAGAAGUACCAGCGUAGUACCAUUGCUAAGGGACGACGUACAACUUUCAGUCGAAGAAUACAGGAAUAAGCUCUAUGCGAUGAUGGAUGAGAAGCAUAGGAAGCAUAAAAAUAUGUCGAAAGCGAGAGUUAGACGUCUUUCGGAACAUAUCAGAAAGGAAACGUACAACUCUACGAACAAUGGAAACUUUGUAGUCGGUCAAGGUGACGUAAUAACUGGUAAAAAUCUUCGCUCUUCGUGCGGCGAUCUGCGUAACAACAAAAACCAUUUCCAGGCAUCGCAACAAACAAACGCACGAGCAAGUUUGGCAAACAGAAAAGUAAUAACGACGUCACAAGGUCGAUCAAGUGACGAAAGUGCUCGAGUUGGCAAAACGAGGACAAUAAGUACGUCAGGGAAUAUAUCGAUACAAGAUAAUACAAAGAAUAAUCUGCACAACGGUAAAAAUCCGACCUCUCAAUAUGCUUAUAAUCUUUCGAACGGUCAUCUAGGAAAUUUACCAGCGGGAACAACAAAAAGUUGUCUUUGUUUGAGUCAACAAAAUCAACAUCUGUCGAAAUCUCAAAGAUCCAUACAAUCGGAUCAAGUGACAGCGUAUGGCGCGAAUGUAAGGUGUAACCAAUUAGGAGGAACGUCACGCAUGAAACUACGAAGAGGAUGCGAUAGGCAAACGCGUUCGACUCAGCAUCAACGUCCGCCGAUAGUAAACAACAUCGAUCGGUCGAAAACAACGGCGUUGAAGUCAUUGAAUGAGACUAACGAUUCGAAGCUCGGUUUAUUAAGGUAUACUAAGUAUUUAACUACGAUGUUAAACAACAACAAUAAUAAUAACAACAGGGUAACGAAGCACUUCGUAACGACUUCUCCGAUCAAUAGUAACAUUUUGAAUGGGAUCGGUAAUAGCAGUAACAGCGGAGGAAGUGCAAGCAGUUCUGAACUUUACGCUCCUCGACGGUCGACUUCGCAAUUUCAAAUCGUUAGAAAUUAUUUAAAUCAGACGUUGCCGGUUCAUUCAUCGUCGGUUCAGCAACAGCAUCAACAACAUCAUCAGCAUCAGCAACACCAACAACAACAGCAACAUCAUCACCGUCAAAAAGAAAGUCGUGGAUCGGAAAAAAUUACGUCGAAAAUGGACAAGUUUAAUCCAAUCAAUAAUUAUUAUCUUAAAAGUUCAACGUUGAAGAGACCAGAGAUAUCAAAGAUUCAAACGAGACACAGUUUCGGUGGAUUUAGUGUUCUCGAUAAAAAUAAGAACCCGAUCGAAAUUAGCUCGCGAACUAUCGAUAGUACCAAUCAAAGUCAUGGUAUUAUUACCGCUUCGGUUUAUAAGGAUUUACGUAAUGGGAUUAUAAGGUGGUGAUAAAUGGACGAAGAGCUUCCGAUAGAAACAGUGAGAGUGAAAAAGAAAUAGAAAGGAAGAGGGAGAAACUAUGAUUCGUUUCUGUAAUAAAGCGGAAUAACAAAGGAUAAAAUCGUGUUUUCGAUCGAUUAAAGAAAAUUCGCAGAAACGUAUCAUCUUACUCACUCCUGUUUCUUCGUCGAAAGUCAUUUCGUCCUGGAUAGAUGUAUACAUUCUUUAAUAAAAAAAAAAAAAAAAGAAAAAAGAAAAAAACAAACAAACAAAUAAACAAAAAAGAACAGAGAGAGAUCCGAAGACGUUAGAUGAAAAACGUGAAAUCGCUAGUACUAGGUUUUCCUAGGUCCGAUAUUUUUAAGAGUAACGUCUGAAACUUGUCGACGGAUACAUAAAUUUACAAGUAUUACACUGUUUACAUCGGAUGGAGAGAAAAAGAGAGAAAAAGAAUUAUAACAAAGAAGAAGCUUUCGUCCGUGUUACUUUCUCUCGCAUGAUGUUCUCACAUCUUUGAUUGUGUAUCUUUCUAGAGUAACUUACAAUUAGUAUAGCCUUUUAAUAUUCACUCGUCCACGUGAUCGUUCAUUAAUAACAUCUUGCGCGAGAAAGUCAAAUGACAAAGCUUACUAGAUCAUUCGUAAAGAAUUACGGUAAUUAUAUAACGUACUUGGAAA